CCGCUCCUGACCCCCCCGCCACCUCGGCCGCCACGCGCAGCCAUGGCGAGGCUGCUGCCGGCCUGCCUCCUGCUCGCGGGCGCCUGCGCGGCGCUCCUGCGCCUCGCGGCGCUCCGCGCCCCGGCGCCGCCCGCCUUCCUGCCCUCGGCCGCGGCCGGCCGGCGCGAGGCCCUCCGGGCCGCCGCCGCGGCGGCGGCGACGCUCGGCAGCCAGGCCGCGCUCGCGGACUUUCAGGGCGAGCCCGUCACCUGCAUGAAGAGGUAUGGCCCCGCCAUCAUCAAGCUGCAGAGCGCCGUGGACUCCGGGGACGUGAAGGCCGUGCUGGCGAAGGAGAACAAGUUCAAGAUGCUCAACACCUACUGGCGCAACCAGCCGAAGGACUUCGCGGCCCAGACCGAGCUUUCCGAGGACCUCCUGGACGCGGCCGCGGACGGGGAGACGGCCAAGGUGAAGACGCUGUACGCCAAGUACAUGGAGAAGUCGGAGCUGAAGUCGUUCGCCAACCUCCCUCCGGCCAGACAGUACCACAUGACGAACCGCGACGCCUCCAUGGGCCUUCGCUGAGCCAGGGGCACUCGGGUGUUGAUGACAAGUAGUUUUUUUUGAACAGGUUUUAGUAUGCGUGUUGUCUGGUAACGACUCGUUGCGCGUGCGGAAGAAUAAAGAUUGCUGAUGUCCGGAAUCGGUUCCGCGCGCUCUCGCAUCGACGCCUGCUACAUUUUCUCUGAAAACGAGGCUUCUGCCCGAUCGUUGGCUUGAGUAU